AUGGAUGUGUGGCGUCGUCUAACCAACAGGGAAGCUCCCAGACAAGCGGACACGUCGUCGAGAUGCGUGGCAGAGAGCGCGUCCGUGUCGCACGACUUCGUGCUGGUAAACUACUCGCAGAUCAGUGACCUCAGUCCGAACGAGGCCGUGACCUCCGGUCACUUCACCGUCGGCGGCCACGAUUGGUUUAUCAGCUUUUACCCUGGUGGGUGGUCGACCACGAGGUAUAGUCAACGUGAAACGGAGGGCCCGGGCUACGCAGCGGCGUCUGUAUGUCUCCGUCGUGAAGCAACCACAGUCAUGAUUGUGAAGGCAAGGAUCACCAUAGGACUCGUGGACCGCCACGGGACGAUGGCAAACAGGAGGACGCCGGACACAGACCACUUCUGCGCUGCGGACAUUAGCCCGACGUUUCCAGGAUUUGUGCGCAGAUCCAAGCUUACAUCGCGGCGGUACCUCGUCGACGACUGCCUCACAAUCAGGUGCGUCGUCACCGUCAUCAAUCCUCGUACGGAAGGCACCACGGCCGCCCCGGCAGCCGCCGCUCUGCUGCCGGAGAUGCUAGGCCACCUCCAGUGCAUGCUCGAAGACGGCAAGGGCGCGGAUGUGACGAUCGAGGUCGGCGGCCGGGCGUUCCGUGCACACCGGUGCGUGCUUGCCGCGCGGUCGCCGGUCUUCGACGCGGAGCUCUUCGGCUCGAUGAAGCGCAAGGACGUGGAGCGCGUCGAGGUACACGACAUGGAGCCGGCGGUCUUCGAGCUGCUCCUGCGCUUCAUCUACACGGACUCGCUGCCAGGCGACGACGAGGGCUGCGGCGUCGCGAUGACGCAGCACCUGCUGGUGGCCGCGGAUCGGUACGGGGUGAACAAGCUCAAGCAGGCGUGCGACAUGAAGCUGCGCAGAAGCUUGGACGUGCAGAACGUGGCGACGACGUUGGCCCUGGCGGAGCAGCACCAGUGCCCGCUGCUGAGGGACGCGUGCUUGAAAUUUAUGUCGUCGUCCCCGAAUGUGCUGGCAGACGUCUUGAAGACCGACGGAUUCAGACAUCUCACGGCCAGCAUCACAUCCUAGAGAAGGCGUCACUCGAGCGUUGAGAGGACUCGCCAGAAGGAGAUGAGUUGGAUGUACGAAGAAAACGUGUCUAA